ACAAGGGUAAGAUAGCCUGUUUAAUAAGUAUCGAAGGAGGCCACUCUAUUGACAGCAGCCUUCCCGCCCUGCGGAUGUUUUACCAGCUUGGAGUCCGCUCCAUGGGUCUCACGCAUUCUUGUAAUACACCCUGGGCUGAAUCAUCCUCAACUUUUUACCCUGUAUAUAAGAGGGAGAAUAACAGCCUGACAUCCUUUGGGAAGGUCGUAGUCGAGGAGAUGAACAGACUCGGAAUGAUAGUGGACCUCUCCCACACCUCGUGGAACACAUCCUUUGCUGUUCUGAGUCACUCUAAGGCUCCGGUUAUUUUUAGCCAUUCCUCUUCCUACUCCAUAUGUAACCACAGCCGCAAUGUUCCUGACAAUCUGCUACUUGAACUGAAAAAGAACCAAGGGUUGAUCAUGGUGAAUCUCCACAACACAUUUGUUUCCUGCAGAGAUGAGGCUAACAUCUCUCAUGUGGCUGACCAUUUUGAUUACAUUAAGAAAUUGAUUGGAGCUGAAUCGAUAGGAAUUGGAGGGGAUUAUGAAGGUGCUACAAGCUUCCCUCAUGGGUUAGAAGAUGUCUCAAAAUACCCAGCCCUAAUCCAGGAACUGCUGAGAAGAAACUGGACUGAGAAUGAGCUGGCUGGUGUCCUUCGACAUAACUUCUUGCGUGUGUUUGAACAGGUUGAGAGGGUCCGUGAUCAGUUGAGUUCAAAUCUACCAAGUGAGGUCCAGAUUCCAUUUGAAGAGGCACACAACCCAUGCAGGCUAGUCCUUAGACGUCCAGACCCAAGAAGCCUGCCCUCAGAUCAGUCCUCUGGAGCAGAAGGUGGAUUACCUGGUCUGUUAAUCCUUGCCACAGUUCUGGUGCUUUCCAGAAUAUUUUUGAUUGAAUGAAUAUUAACAAUCUCAGUUCAGCCGUAUCAUUCUUUUGAAGUUGUAUAGAAAGGAGUACACAGAAAGGAGUGUCACAGUGCUGCACAUCAGUGGAGAUUAGGAGGAAUUUAAUGACUUUAAUGUCUAACCUCAUUUUUGCUAUAAUUAAAAUGCAAACUCCUGUACAUACGUUAAUCGAUUAAUUAAAAAUUCAGAAGAUGUCUGAAAGAGACCUCUUGGUUUUAUCUUUUUUUUUUUAAUUCACUAUUUAUUUUGUUAUUUAGUUGGCAGAACAUUUUUUUCAUGAUGUCCAUAGAAGAUUACGAAAUAUAAUAGAAUGAUAAACUUGAUAAAUAUAACUUUAGAGAUUAUACUUUGUAUCUAGGAUUGACUAGGAAACAGCUUAGAAGCUGAGGUUGUCUACUUAAGUUUAUAAUGCUUCAAGCACUUUAACAAAGUUGUACAGAAUAUCAGUUUCAAAGCAAAUAUUUGUUCUAUUUACUCUCAUAGCAUAAGACAAUAUUAUGGUUUUACGUCAUUCAUGUAGCCUUGUUGCUCACAACCCAAUGGCAAUAAAUUUGAUAAAUAUCUG